GCUUAAAGCGUAGUACCAAAGGAGAACGUUGUAACGAAAAAGGGCAAAACAAAAGACGAAAAUGUACCGGCUUUUAUCCCGGACCGCGUGUGUCGCGCGGAAACAUUCAGUCUGCGUUCACGAGCCGUGCCAGACUAAAUGUAAAAAGGCGUCCAGGACUUUUAAUGGAGUUGGAGUCAACACUCUCAGCACAAGUUCAUUCAGACUCUGCGAAAAGAAAGACCCUCCUGGUCAAGGUGAGACAACAAAUGCGGAGAGAGAAAGUAGUCAGACACAAAAGGCCGAACAACAAGUGGAGCCGGCGGUGUUGAAGGAAGACGAUGGACAAACCAGUUCUCAGGAGGCUGGGGUUGAAGUCGAACGGGUCUGGUCAAAGCCAGGACAAGUCAACGCUGCUAAAAGUGGAAAGGAAAACCUCCUGGACCUCCUCAAAGCCAUGAAGGUGGAAGUUACCAAUAAAAAAAUGCUGAAAAAGCUGACGCUAAGUCAACAUUUUGAGUCUGCUGUACAAAAUCAGUCCAAGCCAAAAGAGAUGGCGAGCACCAACAGUAUGUUUCAAAAGGCGACAAUGAAGCCGUCACAAAGCGAGACUUUGGAUCCUUAUUUGACUGCAGCAUCAUCCGCCGCCGCCUCCACUCUUCCUAACAGCCACCAGGCGGAGUCGGAGCUGCUGCAGCUGUUGAAGCAGAUGCGGCAGCGCAAAGACCUCCCCGACGCUCUGAAAAAUGGCCACGCCAGCAACAUCAAAGAACUUAUCGCCAACAUGAAAGUAGGGAAGAAGACCUUUCCCCAGAAUGCCUGGUCUACCGAUCAGAUCAAGUAUGACGACGACAGGCAGGGGUACCUACAAGCUGAAGGAGUCACCAGCGAGCUGGCCAACGACUUGAAUAGCACGAACAUCUUCCCGGUAAUAAGACUGAACGUCUUCUCCACCUCUACCAAUGAAAACGAGGCAGAACCAGCAGUCGCUAAACAAACUUUAUGGGACGUGGACUUUGCAAACAAAUUGUUUCUGGCGACCAACCAGUCGCCACGCAACCGCUUAGAGGAGAUGAUCCAGUGGACCAAGGAGGGGAGGCUGUGGCAGUACCCGAUCAACAACGAGAUCGGCCUCGAGGAGGAAGCCAGCGUCCCGUUCCACGAGCACGUCUUGUUGGAGAAACACUUGGAGGAGGGGUUUCCUCAGCGGGGGCCGGUCCGUCACUUCAUGGAGCUGGUGCUGGCCGGUCUGUCCAAAAACCCCUACUUGACUGUGCAGCAGAAGAAGGAGCACAUUGCCUGGUUCAGAGACUACUUCCACCAGAAGGAGGACGUUCUCAACAACACCGACGUCUACCUCAGCUAAACUUGAGACGUGUUUUCUGGAUGUGGACACCUGUCUUCCAGCGAGGCUUCCUCUCUUCCCGUGGCCGUCCCUGCAGAGUCGCAGGUUUGAAUAAAAACGUGGCAGCAGGAUGGAAUCUGAAGAUGUCCAGAGAAGAAAGCGAACUGUUAUUGUAUCAUAAAAUUUAA